ACAUCGGACCACGUGGAAAUCAGACCACCCUCUCCUUGAUCGCGACCGAGCCAUGCUUAAACGAAAGAGAAACGGACCUACUCUUCUUCCACAGAAAAAACAUUAUAGACAACGAGCGCACGCUAAUCCAUUCUCUGAUCAUGCUCUACUCUAUCCAUCAUCACCAGAUACAUUCGAUUGGUCAACUCAUUAUCCUGGUUUAAAAGGAACACCAGCAUUUGCAGAUAUAGGAUGUGGUUUCGGUGGUUUACUCAUCACUCUCGCCCCUCUAUUCCCUGAUACACUCAUGCUUGGUCUCGAAAUUCGUGUUCAAGUCACACAAUACGUCCACGAUCGUAUCACCGCACUCCGCGCCACUUCCACCCAAUAUCAAAAUGUAUCUGUCAUCCGCGCAAACGCCAUGAAAUUCCUACCAAACUUCUUUCCAAAAGCUUCCCUCACAGCUCUCUUCUUCCUUUUCCCAGAUCCUCACUUCAAAGCACGCAAACACAAGGCUCGCAUCAUCUCACCCACCCUUCUUGCAGAAUACGCAUACGUCCUCGCUCCAGGUGGAAUCGUCUAUACAAUCACAGAUGUAGAGGACCUUGCACAGUGGAUGCGUGCCCAUCUUGAGGCUCAUCCUCUCUUCCAGUUUGUCGAGGAGCAAGAGCUAAGGAAUGAAGGAAAGGGUCCCAUCUUGGAUGCCGUAUAUGGUGCAACGGAAGAAGGGAAGAAGGUAGAACGCAAUGCUGGCGAGAAAUGGCUAGCAUGCUUCAGACGCAUCGAAGUGAAGAGGCAGACAUAACGACAAAUUGUUGUAGUAUCUGAUAAGAUAACCCAGAGUACACCGGAUACACCCGGUUGCUAAUCAAUUCCAAAUACCAGACUUGCGCUGGCAGCUUACCCACAG